AUGACACCAGAAAUUAGCACAAAUAGACUAGCUCAAGCUGAAGAUAGUUUGCAGAUAAUAAAAAAUCGAUUUUGUAAAUUACAACAGGAUCUAGCUUUAAAAGAAGAUUAUAUUAAAUAUCUUGAAAAAGAAAUUUUAAUUCAAGAUGAAGAUUUGGAUCCAUUGCGACAAGAAAUUUCUAAUCUCAAAGAACAGUUAGAAAAGGCACUUCAAGAUUCUAAAAGCCAAGAGAAUUAUGAUAAAAUCGACAUACUUAAUGAAAAAAUACUUAUUUUGUAUAAAAAUUCUAAUGAUACUAUAGAGAUGGCACAACCACCAGAAUCACCCAGAUUAUCACUACCUGAAAAUCAAGCCAUGAUUCAAAAUAAUAGGAUUCAGCAAGAGAUUAAUAAUAUUAGACAGUAUUUUCAAAGCCCAGUUACAAUAGCCUCUACAAUAAAUGGUAUUGUAGAUUAUCUUAAUAUAAUUUUUAAUGCUGGCAAUAGGUUUGAAAGAUUGGUACUAGAUAUAUAUUCACGGGCGAAUACUCAUGCAAUUAAUGCAGAAAAUCAAGCCUAUGAAGCUCACAGAACACAACACAGUAUAUUUAAAUCUCGAGAACUUGAUGGUCGAAUUACAAUCUGUAUGCAAAAAAGACAAAUAUCAAAAUUGCUUCUAGAAAAAUUUGCAUUGGGAUUUAAGAAUAGACGAACACAACAGCAACUACAAGAAUAUAAGACAGAUGAAGCAAUUACUACACACCUCUUAAAUCUUACAAAAAAUCGAUACAGCAAAUGGAAUAAUAAAUGCAAGACUCUAGAAAAUGAUUUAUUACUUUGGAGUAAGUGGAAAAAUCAUGCUCGAAAUUUUGAACAAUUAAUAAAUAAUUUACAAGCACAAAUUUUAUUGUUAUAUAAUAAUCCACCAAAUAUGGCUACAGUUGCAGGAGACUUAACCAGUAUUGCACCAUUAAUUGCGGAGAUUCCAAAUUAUAGUAGACAAAUUCUACCAGAUGAAUGGUAUCAAGGCAUUAAUAAAAUAUUAACUUUAAUAGCAAUCAUAGCAGCUGCCUUUAAUGAUGCACUUCGAGCAGAAAUUUUAAAAAGUAAGAUGACUGGAAAAUAUACAAACAUACCUGUUCAACACGCUGGUAAUAAUAUUGAUACCCCAGCCUGUUUCAUUAUUUGGUUGCAUCAUAAAUAUCAAACAGAAACAGUUGGUACACAACAAGUUGCUACUCAAAGAUUAGCACAAGAAAAAUUCUUACCAUUUGAUAAUCCAGAAUCAUAUGAGGCUAGAAUCUGCUCCAUUCCUGACCAAAUCUCUCAAACUUCAGCUGUUAAUAUACAAAAUAAAUUACAUUCCGAUAGUAGUGAUAUAUCUCAAGCUGAACUAGAUAGUAUAAUAAAAUCACAAUUAGCUUUAGUACUAACUACUUCUAUUCAGUCUUCACAGCUCCAGAAAACACAAGCUUUACAGUCUCAGCAAAAGCAACCCAAUUUCAGUAACUACCUUAGAGUAUCAAAUAAAUAUAUGCCAGAAAGACCACCAGAUGGGUAUGGUGUAAAUUCUGAAAAAUUUAUUCAUUGUGAUCUUAUAAACCCAACUUCUUCAGCCAGCCAAAUUAUAGAAUCUUUAGCUAAUAAUCUUUAUAAAAAAGUGUCAGAUAUGUUUUCGGCAAAGCCAGUGCAAUCAAUGAAAAAUAUUGAAGUCAACUUUGAUAAAGAACUGGCUGAUCAUAUGGGUAAGUUAUCAAUAAAUAAGGCUUUGUCAAAAGGUUUUGAGGCAGGAGUUCAUGCUAUAUCCAAAUCUCACAAGAUCAAUAAGGAACCUAAAUCUCGCAAGAGGGGUGGAAGUAAGCAAACAGUUUUAGAACAAACUAUUCAUAAAAUUAUCCAAAAGCUAGCUCCAGAGAUAUCCAAUUCGGAUGAAGAUGAGACUUUGGAUGACCCUAUAGAAAUUAAUUUUGUUUGUCAGAAAGAACCUGAUACAGGUAUUGUGACUAUACCAUGCAAAAUUAAGCAUUUAAAAAUCCCAGCAAUGAUACUUGAUAGUGGGGCUGAAACUGAGAUCAUAACAGAAGAUAUUGUUAAGUGUAUAAAUGGAAAAAUUGAUAGAUCUGUGAAGUAUGACCUUAGUGGUAUUGCUACCAUUCCAAUUGAGUCUAUUGGCAUCGUUUGUAAUUUACUAAUAACACUAACUCCUGAUUGUACUAUAUAUGAGGAUUUUGUAGUCAUGAAAUAUUCCAAGCCAAUGUUAAUAUUUUCAAACCAACUUCUCAAGAAAUAUGAAUGUGUUAUUGAUUGGAAUAAUGAUAAAAUGAAGAUUCAUCACAAUAGAAAGGAACACAUUUUUUCUGUAACUAUGUAUAAGGUAAAGAAUAAGCUCGAAGUAAAUUAUGCUACUGCAACUCAAGAUAGCCUAUAUAACGAGGAUACUAUUACAUCUAAGCCUUUGGUAUCUAAUGAAAUUUCACAGGAAGUAGAUAGUGAUAAGGAUGACAGUAUACCAUUUGAUGAGUGGUGUGCUUCUGCAGAUUUUAGCUUAGAUUCUGUCAAUUUAACUUUAGCAAAGCAAGCACCAAAAGUGCUAAAAAAAAAUGCAUGA